AUGGCAUUGUGUCCCAAACCAUACACAUUUGAGAAACAUUUUGCAGCUGUAAAGCCAUCAUACGCAUUGAAUAAUAACAAGAGUGGUACCGGUGGUGCUAGCGCUUCUGCCGGCAAUAAACGUGGUUGUGACUUUUUGUAUCCAUCUGCAUCAAACAAGAAAAUAUGCUUGCAACGGUUGAGAAGCAAUGAUUUUCAAUUGAAUAAGCAGGACUUGGCUAGCAAAUACUACUCGUCGUCAUCGGAAGAUGAUGACAGUGAAGAUGAACAAUCAUGUUACGAUGCUGAACAGAUAAGGGCAAAGAGAAGAGCUUCAACUCGUGCUUCAUUCUCAAUAGACCCAAAAUUGUCAAGAGCAAUUUCACAAUACAGUGAUGACGAAGACGAAGAAGAUGUACAAGAAGGCUGCUAUAAUGCAAAAGUUAAAAGUCCACGUUGCUCACGCCGCACAUCAGACUCUUCGAUCAAGAUUUUAAGAUCUGAAGAUGAGAUUGAAAAUUUGGACUGCAAAUUAGCAUCUAGUCCAGUUAACAGCAGCUUGUCUUUGAAAAAGAUGCUUGUAAAUGGCGUCAAUGAGUGUGACCUUGAUGAGGAAGAAGAAGAGGAGGAAGAAGAAAGCGACUCCAACAACCAAUCGGUUGCUGUUGCCGACAGAAACGCAAGAGCUAGAUGCUUUGAAUAUUUAGUAGGAGCUAUUGAUGAAGCUUGGGCAAGAUAUUGCGAUGCAACCACAUAUGCUGAAGACGAAGUACAUGGAUAUAUCACACCAGCUUCACUUGCAUCUGGCGAUGAUGACGACGAUGAUAAAGAGUUGAUGAAUGUUAAAUGUCGCCUUCUCAGGUCAAAAGAUUUCCUUCAAGACCACAUUGAGUCUUUUGACAUAAGUGAUAUCAAGAAGUUCUGGCAUCGUUGGGAUAUUACCAAAUACCAGAUGUUGGAUGUUAUGGAAGACGAAGAUGAUGUUUUGGAAGAACUUGAAUCUGGUCGCAGAAUCUUUUGA